AUGGACCAAGCAACCCGCGAGGCUUCGUUGGAAGCUUUCAGAGCUUGUAGGCCAGGAUUGUUGGUAGCGACAGAUGUGGCAGCCCGGGGUUUGGACAUUGAUGAUGUCUCUGUGGUGAACUUUGAUAUGGCCAGCACUUGCGACUCCUUUGUCCACCGGGUUGGGCGCACUGGGCGUGCUGGCAAGAAGGGCCUGGCCGUGUCGCUGCUAAACCGCUUAGACAAGAACGAUCUUCGGGUGGCGUGUGAAGUGGCCGAUCACUUUGGCACUGCCGGUAAAACUGUUCCAGCUGGCUUAGAGGCUUUUUUGCAAGAGGUGCGUGAACGGGCUGCCGAUGCUGGGCUUGAGACUGGAGCAGCUUCAGCGGAUACACACACACACAACACGGGGCUCACCGAUCCCCAAGUCAAGCUUCAAGGCCAUCAGCUUGCGCGAGUCCUUGCAAGCGACAAGAUGAUUGCGGAAGAGACCCUGCGACGGGGCGUGCGCUUCAUGAACAUCGAACGCUCCAAGGCGGUGGAUGACCGCUUUCGACGGCCAAAAUGGAGAAUUCGUCGACUUGUUCCGCUCAGCGAGCUAGAAGAUGCCGUGCGCAGGCAUGAAGCAAGGGGUCAUGAGCUGGCAGCACUCACAGAUGAUGCAGGAGUUGUGCAUGCAGUUAUCACGGACCUGAAUGAUCCUACGAAGUACGUCGCAACGGAGAUGUUCGAAUUACCCCAUGGUACUUUUGUGGACACUUUCCGGCUGCUUCUGCAGAAGUUCUCGCAUCAGACAGCUGAGCAUCCCUGGCUCAGAUUGGUGGAUGUCGUUUCGCGCGAGAAGCAGUACGGCAACACCGCCUUCCACAUCUGCGCAUACGCGGGGCACUAUGACCUGCUCCAGGAGCUGGUGCAGCACGCGACCUUGCACCGGGUGCCCGUGGAGCUGCUCAGGACCACAAAGGGCGAAACAGUUCUCGAAGUGGCUCUGGCGCAGCAGAAUUUUGCCUGCUUCAACCUGCUGGCUCCUUUCUUUGGGGCGGAACCGCGGCCAGAAGGAGUGGAUGUGGCCAAGACUCAGAGCGUGCGGUGGUGGACACUUUGCAGGCUGAGGAGGCGGAUUGCGGAUGUCCUCCCAGAUGUCCCAGACCUCGUCCUGCUCAAGAAAGUCCACAUUCAUCUCAGGGGUUCUUCCCUGGAUGAUGCUGAAAGCUUCUUGCAGUUGACAGUGACGGCAAAGUCUGUGACAGCUUAUGGCUGUACUGCUGACAGCCUUGACGUCCAUGCCUCAGUCUUGCAGGAACACAACUGCAGAAGGUGUGAGCUUCUGGACACCUUCACGAAUCAUAGGAGCUUUCUUCAUGGCUACGACAAGUUAGAGACCAGGUCUUCGCCCCACACGGUGACAUUAAUCUUGGGUUCGCUUGAGCAGGUCUGCACUCAUUUCCUCGAGGCCUGCCGGCGGAUGUAUGAGGUUGGCGAUCCAGCUUGGGAGCGUUUGUUUUUUCUCCCGGCGGUGCGAGGUGACCCCUCUGAGCAGGAAAAGGAGCGCUUCACGGGGGCCACGGAAGCUUUGGCCCGUUGUUUACAGGCCAGGGCACGGGUAGCCAAUCUUCGCCUCCACUCCUUCGGCCGGGAUGGCUCCACUGGCUACGCUUUUCCACGCAGGCACCUCACCAAGCCCAGUCUCGCAGACGUGGUGGGUGGAGUGUUUCACGUGAACAUUGUCAUCCGCAUUCGCGAGAGACUCGAGUCAAAGCUAGAACUGCAAGAAGCCAACAGCAUUGCCCGCUUUCGGAAGCGGUCACGCGAGGGGCGCAACCUCAGCCGGGAGGACCUGUCACAGCAGUACUUCUUUGCCGUGAAGUGGGCAUCCCUCGACCGUUUCUACUACAGCCGGGACUUGGUCAAGUUCGAGAUGGCCGAAGCAGGCCCAACUGAGGGCCUGCGUGCCGGUGUAAAUGUAGAUUCGUUUCUCGAUGUUGCGGCUGAGUUGCUAGCCAUGUGGGCUUAUCCCCUGACGGACACAAUGCCUGAAGGGCUGCAGAACAUAUUUGACGACUAUGUGGCUGCGCUGGAUGUAACCACCGUGGCGGAGGGGUCGGUAUGCGCGCAGCAGCAGCCGUACGUGGAUGGAUGCCUGCCAGGAAGCUUUCAAAAGCAUGCUAAGCAUACCCUGAAUGAGAGCAACUGCACAGUAACAAGCAGUCGGCAAGCCGCAUACCCGGAGUUUGCAAUGGGCGCCUGCUGCAGCCCAGCAGCCAGCGAGGCUGUUCCUUCACAUGUUGCACGAGUGACGAUGCAUGAGACCCGCACUUCUUUGGCAGCUUUCAUCCGGCCUGUGCAGCAUUUCACACACCAAGCUUUGAUAGAGCUUGCAGCCAUGAACUUCUCGCCUGAGCUCAGUGUUGCGCUUCAGCGGGUAACGGCCUGCAACAACGGCGACAGGCUGCUAAGCAUGGUCCGCACGGACCUGCUGAACAGCCUUCAGGAGUCACAUGAUGCCGUUUUGCAUGCCCACGAUGCCUGGAUGCAGCUUGAGAUGCUGGGGACAGACGUCAUGUCCAUCGGUGGCGUCGUUGACUUGCAUGACAAGGACAGCCUGUUCAAGGCCUUCAAAGAGUCUAAGGUGCUGACACGGGACAGAGUGGUUUGGCAAGCAAUUGGACGCUUUCGGGCUCCCCUUGACGUCUUGCUGACCACCAACUACUUGUCCGACAUUGUCAACCACGACAACACCCGAACCUCGCAGCUCCGCAAUGCCUUUUACAAAAUCCACUCGGAUAUCGUGCUGCAGACCAUGAGUGACUACUAUUCUUGGGAGAAGUUCGCGCGGCACGUGUGGAACAACCAGGAGGACGAUGACGUGCAGCUUGUGCUGCUGAACUUGAACCGCUUCAUGGGACUGGACAUGCAGAACUUGUACGAGUCAUUGAUGCAGAUGCCCUUCAUCGUGACGGACGCGCAGUCCAAGGGCACGCCCUCAUGGACGUUGGUGGCAGCUCAGAAUACUCAGACACCCUCGGACGCCGCAAACCUUUUUGAGUCAUUGACAAGCUUGGGCCGCGACUUGUCCUACCCCGACUUUCUCGAUCCAGUACGAGAGGCGAUCCAGAACAGCAUGGCAUCAAGCCUGAAAGCAGUUCAGUACUCGGUGGCUGCAUGGUGCCAGCUGCAUGAGCAUGCUACGGCGAGCGGGGUCUUGACGUCGGAUGACGGCAAGAGGAAGUUUAAAGAGCUAGACGUCCUCAUGAGGCAGGAGAUCCUAUGCACCGCCUUUGGCUUCCUUGGCACAAAUGGGGUGGCUGACUUCCGCUUCGUAGAGCAGCUGCUUCUCCAGCAGGUGUCGCCCGGGGACAUCACGGACAUACCGGAUUUUCUUGUCAGGUUGAAAACUACGCAUGGCCACCUCCAGAAACACUUCCUUCAGGAGCUGAUCUGCUCGGAGAACGUUUGGGCCCGCACCAUCAAGAAGAUCACCCAGCUUCAGAUGAAGGAGUCCACGCAGAACUCUGAGUAUGAGAGGCAGCUGCACGGCAUCGCGGGAAGGACCGACUUCGCAGAAGGCGGUUGGCUCGGCUUGGAGUUGGACGAGAAGGCAAGAUUGAUGGCGCGGUCAGGGGCAAAGUGUACUUCCAGUGCAGUACGGCUUGUUCGUCCGCUCCAUUUCCAAGGCGCUGCGCAGGUUGGCGGUGCUAGGCUGGCCAGGCUCUUCAUCUCCGUCAGCUCAGGCUAG